AUGGAUUUGGACAUCGAUAUGGACGAUGGUGCCGGCGGCGAGGCUUUCCAGGAAAUUCAUGAAGAUCUCCCCCGAGGCGACGAUAUCUUGGUACCAGACGAGCCAGAAGAGCCAGGCGAAGUGGCUGAUGAUGGAGAAGUCAAUGAGGACGACGCGUCAAACGCCAUUGUUCCCACAAAGAUUCACAUAAAAGGCCUGGACAAUCUGCACACCGACGAUAUCAAAUCAUACGUCAAGGCACAUUACGGGACUGUAGACCGGGUAGAGUGGAUCGACGAUACCUCUGCAAAUCUCGUCUUCAGCUCCGAACCCUCUGCGCGCGAUGCGAUUGUCGCUCUUAGUGCUAUUGACAUUGCAGAUGCGACGGCGUUGGGAAUUGGCGAGGCUGUCCCAGCCAAGGCUCUCGAAGGAAAACCCGAAACUUCUCUACAGAUUCGCUUUGCGACGCAAGCCGACAGAAAGCAGGCUGGCGCGGCGCUUCGCAGCCGAUACUACCUUUUGCAUCCCGAGCACGAUCCCGAAGAAAGGCGACGUCGGUACCAAGAAAACCGCACUCGAUAUCGCGAUCGUGACAGCCGCGACAAUCGGGGAACAUCAGGGCGACGAAGACGUUAUUCAGACGACGAGGUGGAAACUUUCGAGGCAAGCAUGUACGACGAUGCGCCGCGGACUUCCAGGGAUGACAGACCAUCAGCUCAAGAAAGUAAUCGCGGCAAAGAGCUAUUCUCGGGCCGCAGUGUUGGACGAUCGACCUCCAGAAGGGACAGAUCAGCAUCUCCUCGCCGCGACGACGAUGGAGACGCAGCUAUGGAUGGCUUUGCCAGCUCGUCAGGUAAUAGAGAAAAGGCUCGGGCUAUUCGAGGCCGCCUCGCAGACGAAACCAGAUCGAAAGAGCUUUUCCCCACCAAGCCGUCUAGUAGAGGCGGGGGUGGAAUGCUAGACCAGCUGGAAAAGUCCAUUGGCUCGGCCCAUUUGAAAGAGGAGGACAUGCCUAAGAUUGUUGCCGAAUCAACAGGCGAUGGCUUAAACAUUCGAGGUGCCGCUACUCAGCGAGCCGGAGGCAGUGGGUUCUCGAUAAAGGGAGCAGCCAACGCGCAAGACUUAUUCCCUGGAAAACUUGGGUCAGGCAAUGCCGGCAAGGAAUUGUUCAAUGCGAAUCAACCGAAAAGGAGACAAAAGGCCGAGGAUCUAUUUUCAUGA